UCCGCACCUGGAAGAAACAAACACAACUCAUCUCCACUCCACUCCACUUCACUCUGCAAUGGCUAAGUUCCCAUCAAAAUUCAUAUCACUCUCUUUCUUCAUCCUCAUUCUUGCUUCUUCCGUUACCGGCGGAUCCGAAACCACCACAUCACCUCCGCAAUGCGGCUCAGGAACCGCCCGAGGAUGCCGCAACAAUUCAGAGGCCCUAAAGCUAAAAAUCAUUGCCAUUGCCGCAAUUCUCAUCACAAGUAUGAUAGGCGUCUGUCUUCCCAUGUUUUCUCGAGCGGUUCCAGCUCUUCAGCCGGACAAAGAUUUGUUCGUAUUGGUGAAGGCCUUCGCAUCGGGAGUUAUAUUAGCGACGGGUUACAUGCACGUGUUGCCGGAUUCAUUCGACUGCCUCAGGUCGGAUUGUCUGCCGGAAAACCCCUGGAAGAAAUUUCCUUUCACUACAUUUGUGGCCAUGCUUUCAGCUGUAUUCACUCUGAUGCUGGAUUCCUACGCCAUGAGUUAUUAUAGAAAGCGUGAUUUGGAUAGCGAGGUUAAGCGUACUAGUGAUGGAAACGCCAUCGUCGAUGGGAAGCUGGAAUCACAACAUUGCCAUGGAUUUAAUGUAGUUAAGGCUGAUGAUAAUGCAUCCCAAUUGCUCCGAUAUCGCGUCGUUGCACAGGUCCUUGAGCUGGGAAUUGUUGUACAUUCUGUAGUGAUUGGGUUAUCAAUGGGAGCGUCAGACAACCCCUGCACGAUCAGGCCGCUGGUCGCCGCUCUUUGCUUCCACCAACUCUUUGAAGGAAUGGGUCUUGGCGGUUGCAUAUUGCAGGCGGAAUAUGGUGUGAGAAUGAAAGCGGUGAUGGCGUUCUUCUUCUCGGCGACAACUCCAUUUGGGAUCGCACUGGGGAUAGGUUUGUCGAAUGUGUACAGCGACAACAGUCCGACGGCCCUCAUUGUGGUGGGGUUGCUGAAUGCGUGUUCGGCUGGGCUAUUGAAUUAUAUGGCGUUGGUGGACCUGUUAGCAGCGGAUUUCAUGGGCCCAAAAUUGCAAAACAGUAUGAGGCUUCAAACAUGGGGUUACACAGCAGUUCUGUUGGGGGCAGGUGGGAUGGCCCUAAUGGCUAAAUGGGCUUAAAGUAUUUUAUUUCUUCGGUUACUUAACAAGUGACAAAGGAGGGCUCGGUGGAUGUAAUAAAAUCAAGAAAUGAAAGCCCAAUGUAAUAUUCGGCCCACUCUUUUGAAAAUGAAUGGGGGGUAAGUGUACCUGUAUGUAUAUUGUGCAGACAAGGACAUCCAUUUUCAUAAAACAAA